AUGACUACAAGUGGUCCUUUCCAGCUAACUGGCAGUUCCAGUGAAGGUAGAUCAGCUGCCAAUCAUUUUAGACACGAUAAUCAGCUUCAAGAUUUUGAUGUUAUGUGGCAAAUUGGACAUAUUGAAACGGUAGAUCAACUAGUCGCAAUCGAUAAUGUGCCAGGAUUUGUUAAAAUUAAAUGGUCACCAAAUAUACUUCAAGCACAGGGAACACUUCCAGAAGAAAAUAGUUUUGUAAAUGGUUUCAAACUGACAUCUGUAAGAGAUAGUCACUUAAAAGAAAAUAUGCUUGAAUUUGUACAUGCUAAUCCAAAUUUACUCAAUGAAACAGUUAAACAACACUCCUAUACAGGAGAUGAAAGAACUGCAAGUGUCGCUCGAUCGACAACACUUAACUAUACGCAAACGGCCAGACAUUUCCAUGCAGCACUCAACUAUGUCGAAUAUGUACUGCUCAGCCAACCACCAAAUGAAGAAAAAAUGAAAAAUUUUAAACAACUUUGUGAAGCUGAUACAUGA